AUCAUCCAGUAAAUCCCAUUUUGUUUUUCUCAGAGAUGCUUGUAAUAUUGCAGUUGUCUCCACCUGACAUGACCCACACUUUUCAGCCUCUUAACUAAUCUAAUAUAGCGGAGAGGUCAGAAAAUCAUAGAUGAGCAUGUUAGGGAGAUUAGCAGGGAGGCGUAUAUAAGGAGACACCAGGGCAAAGACCAGUCACAAACUGAGCAGAGAGACAUUGACCAGAAGCCAACUGUGUGACUCCAAACCAAAAGCGUGUAAGAUGGCAGAUACAGCAGUUGCACUUCCCGCCGACAGGAAGGCCCCCCCCAAAUUCAAGCAGAGGACCACUCGUACCUUCAAGAGCAAGGCCCCAAAACCAGGCCAGAAGGGGUUUGGAGACGAUAUCCCCGGCAUGGAGGGUCUGGGCACAGACAUCACAGUGGUUUGCCCAUGGGAAGCCUUCGGGGACAUGGAGCUCUGCGACCUGGCGAAAUAUGGAAUUGUCUAGAAACCCUGACUCAUUUUCACCACAACGAUUUGACCUCCCUGCACAGAUUUCCCUUUGCCCAGUCCUUGCCUCUCGCCCCGUUUUCCCUCACUUAACCUGAAACAUUUUACAAAAUGAUUACCCAAAGCUGAUACAAAAUGUGGCAAACAUUUUAAAACGUUAUAUUUAUAUAUGCUUUACUUAGAUGUACAUAAAUGGAGCAACAACUCAAAGUUUCCUCUAUACCUUGCACUUUACUUGUGCAUUUGAGAGACAAACACCGAAAUCUGUUUAGCAGUAUAUCACCACUAAACCUUUGCUCUUUUCCUGCCUUUUCUACUCCAUUACCUCAUUCUCUUUUAAACAAUUUUAGUAUACAGCUGAUGAUUAAAUAUAUUUCUAUUUUUAUGAACAAUAAAUGUAAAUUUAUGCAACCUAUCAAUAGGAUAGUGAGUUGAACUGUCAAUAAAUAUUUUUCCCCCAA